AAUGCAUUAAAAUUGGUCCAAUUGGUCAAUUAAAGGUUAGCUUUGUGCAGCAUCGAAAAAGCUAUGACAACAAAAAAUUCUGUGAUACAUAUUUAUUUAUUUUUAGUUUAUUUAUUAUUGUAUAAUGAAGCAAAAUCGUAUCACGCUGUUGUUAUUAUUCAUGGAGUUCUCACAGGAAGUGAUACCAUGGAACUCAUUAGCAACAGAAUUCAGGAGAUACAUCCAGGAACUCCAGUCUACAACACCGUUAGGUUUGCAGGAUGGAGUAGCUUGGAACCAAUGUGGCAACAAGUAGAGGAAAUAGGCAUGGAUGUAUUGUCUAUAGGUGCUGCAUUUCCUGAAGGGAUUAAUUUAAUAGGCUAUAGUCAGGGUGGUUUAUUAGCUAGAGCCAUAUUGCAAAGAUUUCCCAUGCAUAAUGUUAGAAAUUUUAUUUCCUUGAGCUCUCCGCAAGCAGGACAAUAUGGAACACGUUUUCUGCAUUUGAUUUUCCCUGAUUUAGUUUGUGAAACUGCUUAUGAACUUUUUUAUUCACGACUUGGGCAACACACCAGUAUUGGAAAUUAUUGGAAUGAUCCUCAUCAUCAAGAAUUAUAUUAUAAAUAUAGCAAGUUUCUACCAUAUGUGAACAAUGAAAUUGAACAUUUUAAUAAUUCUGACUAUAAAGUUGGUUUAACUAAGCUGAAACGUAUGACACUUAUUGGAGGACCAGAUGAUGGCGUUAUUACCCCAUGGCAGAGCAGUCAUUUUGGAUAUUAUGAUAAUAACAAUACUGUGAUAAAUAUGCGUGAUAGAUCCAUUUAUAAAGAUGACGUGAUUGGUCUAAAAACGUUAGAUAAACAGGGCAAACUAAAGAUCAUCACAGUACCCGGAGUUUCUCAUACUGACUGGCAUAAAAAUAUUUCUAUAGUAGAUCAAUUUUUGUUGCCAUAUUUAGAUUAAAUGUAAUGAACUGUAAGUAACAUUGCCAAAUAGUAUAAGAAAAUGUAAGGAAUAUAUUAUUCGAGUGGACAAUUUUUUUCAUGAUAUAUUCAUUGAAUGAUUUUAUAGAUAAUAAAUUUUACUUGCUAUGGGCGACUUGUGUUUUCCACACCUCAGUAUAACUAUUCUCAGUACAUAUCAAUAAUUGAGAUUAUAAAUUUAAAUAUAAAUUUAUUGUUAUAUUUUGUCCCUCGCAUUUUAUAUUAAAAUAGAUUAAUAUGAAGGAUACAUGACAUAUCUGCACACAUGCGUUUGCUCACUUUUUUGUGUGCGCAUGUGUAUAUAGCAACAAAAAAUUAAUGUAUCAUAUAAACAAGUAUAUAAUUUAUAAAUAAUAUGCUUGCAAAA